GUUGCACGCUAAUAUACACAAGAAUUUAUCGUAUUCCACGCUGCAACCUAUUUAAUUAUACGGUUCUACGGAAAGGUUCAUAUCUACUUUUCUGUCCCAGAUAGACAGGUAUAUUUAUAAGAAAAUAAUAUAUUGAUUUCUUGACCAAAGCAAUGAAUCCGCUCGUCUGAUUGAAAUCGAUUUCGAUAGAAAUCUUCUUCGUUUAAAUUUUUCAUCCGUUCGCGCUCUAAUAUCUAAUCGAGAGUCGUAGUUGAUUCGAUAAUCGAUUUGUACGAAACAUUCAGCUUUUGAACCGAUUCAGUGCUAUAAAAAGGACGUUCAAGUGUAUUUCGGCAAUGACUUCUUUCUUCGGCUAAAUUAACAAGAAUAUGGUUCACGAUAUUGUUUCGCAAACACAAAACGGUGUUUUAAAAACGAAACGCGUCUAAGAAUAUUGCUAUUAUUUUGAGAAAGUAAAGGGUUAGACCGAAGAUUUUCAAGACUUUUGCUGAUGAAAUUUUGAAUCGAAGAUGAGCUGCGAUUUGCUACCAGAAUGGCUGAAUCUUUUCUUGGACGACGUAGAAACCACUUUAUGUUUACCGAUAUUGAUCAUCAUGGUUCUUUGUACCGUUCAAUUUAUAAUUAAUCACGCUAUGGACAUUGGACUCACCUUUUAUCAAAAUGUAAUGCAAAAGUCGGAUGAAGACGCAGGGGAAGCUGGAAAAGAAAAGGGCGAUGACUUAAUGAGCAAGAUCAGAGGGUUUUUAUGUGACAUUUCUUGCGGCUUUAAUAAUUCUGAUUCGAAACCGGAUGAUUACCCAGCAGCAUCGUUGUUUAGGUCAAACUCACAAGAAGAGGAAUGGGAUUAUUGCGAGGAAGACGACGAAGAUAAGUGACAAAU